AUGUCCAAAACAACUAGCCAAGUUUUGUCCUUUAGUGACAAAGGAAUAUGUUUGGAUACUUUUAACGAGAAGGCAGAGACUGUGCCGUGCGUGCACUGCAAGCUUGGGCAGGAGUGGGUUGCUUACACCACAGCGUCUGAGCUAGUUAUACAGAGCGCCACCACAAAAGAACAGCACAGACACUCCAUACCCAAUAUUAGAAGUAUAGAGAGCCUUGUUGGCAGUACUGCAAGCGUGAUAACCAAGGAAGACAAGAUGUAUUUUGUCCGAAAGGAUAAAGUCCUUUACUCGGCAGAAAGAGUAAAGUCUGCCAUGCAUGGAGAAGAGUUUCUUGUAUAUUCGCAGGAAGUAGAAGAGAUGCCAGAGAAAAAGGAAGUGCUUCUGCCAACAGAGGAAGAGACAGCAGGUAAAAAAAGCAUAGGUUCCAAUGCAAACCCGUCAAAUACUGCAGCAUCCCAUGAGAAGGAGGCUAGAUUAGAAGGCGCUGAGCUAGCAAAGGCCUUAGAUAAGCAGAAUGCUCCUCUCUCUACAGAUCAGGCCUCGCACAAUAAAGCGAGCGCAGCAGAGCCCGCGGGCGAAUCAUCUGCAGAAAAAGACCCUGCAAAGCCAACAAAGGGAGCAAAGCCAGCACAGAGCGGAAAGAAAGAGCCAGUUACUCUAAAGAUACAGAAGAAAGAGGGAAUGCGCACAGCCAUUGUAAACAAGGCUAAGCCACGCUUCUUGAAAGUGUACUCCAUCGCUGAGAAGAGAGAAAUCCAAGAGAUAAAGAUACCGGCACCGCUUGUUUUCUCUAUGACACAGAAGUUCUUAGUAACUGUGCGUGUGUAUCGGGCAUCUGCUGGGGAAAUUGAGAUAAUUAGACUGUCUAAUGGAGAGAAGGUUAAAAAACAGCUGGUUCUGAAUAUGAUAUCUGCAGUGCUUACGCAGGACAUAAAACAUAAAGAGGAGAGGAUGCUUUGUCUGUGCUCACUCAACACUACAAACGGAACGUACUACGAUACAAAGGCGCUAUACUAUAUAGAUACAGCCCAGGGGACUGUAAAGAAUGUAUCAAGCAUAUCCAAUCCGAUAACUGACCUAGCCUUUUUAAAGAAAAGCGAGUUUGCAGUGUGCUAUGACAACAGCCCUAGUAAGAUAGGAAUAUUCAAUUCCAAGACAGAAAAGAUAAAGAACCUGAAGGAAGGGGUUAGGAACAAGAUGUUUUUCAACAAGCAAGAGAACAUUGUGUGCAUGGCAGGGAUGAACAAUCUUCCUGGAAACAUGGAGAUUUCAGAGUAUCCAUCUGAAGCGAUGCUUUCCAUAAACGAGGAGCUUGGGUGUUCGGUGAUUGAUUGGUCUCCAGAGGGGAGAUACUAUCUAGUUGGAAUAACGAACAAAAUGUCAAUAGAUAAUAAAGUGGCGCUUUAUGACUACUACUCGCAGAAAAGCACAGAGGUGCGAUUCAAGGAGCUGAAGAGCUGCAUGUUUGCAGGGAAAAUGCUCGCAUUCCGCCCACUUGAAAACCUUCCUGCCAAAAUACAGAUAAAGAAGGCAGAUGAGUACGUACCGCCAUGUCUUCGGAAGAGCGAGCAGAAGGAGGCAAAAGAAUGGGCCGCCCCUCAUAUAAUAAAAGAUACUGCCAAGGCAAAGGAAAAUCGCAUGGCCUCGAUUAGGAAGGAGCUUGAGGAAAUUGAAAAGAUAGAAGAGCAGAUGUCAAAGGGGCAGGUUGUUCCAGGCGGUAUUAUGAAAAUUCAGAAAAAAGAAGCUCUUUUAAAGAAGCUGAACAAAAAGAAGAAACAGGUGCCGCAAUAA